CGUAACCCGCUCGAACCGAUAAGCCCGGGGGGACGAGAGCUCGCGCUCCGCUCCGAGCAGCAAUGGCGGCGAGGCUGUGGGCGGCAGCGGCGACCUUAAACCCUCCUCUCCUCACUCUCUCCCCGCCGUCGUCUUCUCGCCUCAAUUUCGUCUCCCCCGCACGGCGGCGUCCCGUUCCCGGGGGCAACCUCCGGAGCCGCCGCCCGGCCAAGUUCGUGUGCCGCCGCGCGAAGAACGCCGGCUACGACGACUACAAGUUCCCGGACCCCAUCCCGGAGUUCGCCGUCCAGGAGACGAGCAAGUUCAAGGAGCACAUGUUGUGGCGGCUGGAGCAGAAGAAGGACGACUACUUCGGGGAGCAUGUGGAGGAGAUCGUCGACGUCUGCACCGAGAUUUUAGGAACUUUCUUGGAACAUGAUUAUUGCGGACCUGGGACGCUCCUAGUUCACCCAUUCUUGGAUAUGAAGGGUGAGAUCAAAGAGAGAGGGCUUCCUGGGGCACCUCAAGCUGCUCGCGCAGCGAUUGCAUGGGCCGAGAAGAAUAUUGACAAGGACUGGAAGGCGUGGACCGGAGAAUACUAGGCCUAAUUCCCCCUCUAUUGUUCUGUUUGUUGUAUCAGCGGAUGUAUCACUAGUUUUGGUGUUUUGAGUAGAGGCUUGAAUCUAGACUAUUAUGUUAUCAAUCCUGAACUUAUACAACACAUUUAUCAUAUCUUCUCACCCGAUCGAUCUUUG